AGGCACGAAAUGGCACAUUGCUACUGCCUUGCUGGCUGUUUGGUACAUCGUACAAUAAGUAACAAAAGGUGCAUAUAUGCCAUACAUACAUAUAUAUAAAAGCAGUACUAGUGGCUUUAAGACAGUGAGAGAAGUAAAAGGUCCCAGAGUGUGGAGCUGAGAAGAGAUGGGUGGUGUUGCGUGGACAGAAGAAGAAGAUCACUUGCUCAAGAAAUGCAUACAACAAUAUGGAGAAGGAAAGUGGCAUCGUGUUCCUUUGCUAGCUGGUUUAAACAGGUGUCGAAAGAGUUGCAGGCUAAGAUGGCUCAACUAUCUCCGUCCCAACAUCAAGAGGGGAAAUUUUGCGGACGAAGAAGUGGAGAUGAUAAUCAAACUCCACAAAUUAUUAGGCAACAGGUGGUCACUGAUAGCAGGAAGGCUACCAGGAAGGACUGCUAAUGAUGUGAAGAACUAUUGGAACUGUCAUCUGAGCAAAAGACUAAAUGCUCAAGAAGCAGAAGAUAAAGGUGGAAGCAGAGAUGUUGAAGUGAUGAGGCCUCAGGCUAGGAAUAUUGGUUCAAGCUCAGUGAAAAGAAGGAGUGAAGGAGUCCCUCCAAGAGAGAAAGCAGUUGAACAAGAGAGCAGCAUGUCCUCACUGACAUUUGAUGCUGAUGGACAGAACCAAGUGGUUGAAUCACAGGAAGAAAACAUAUAUGCAUGCUUGGACCAACAAGGAAUUGUUAAUGAAUAUUCAAUGGACUUUCAAUUAGAAGGAUUUGAAGAUGUGAUGAAAGGGGAGGGGAGUAGCAGCCAAUGGGAUUGGGGUGAUUUGCUCCUUGACAUGGAUUUGUAUAAGUGAGUUUUCUUCUUUCAUCUUAUUUGACCUCUGUAGAUGGUCCAUCUCACUACUAUCUACCAUUCAUAUAAUCAUAUUCACCCUAACAAGGUUAAAGUUAUGCCACUAUUACCCAUUCCAACUAUGCAUAUGGCUUUACACAAGCCAUAACUAUCAAACACCACUAUUUAUUUAAUGGCCUAUGCCCUUUUUUCA